CACUUUAUAGACAAUCAUACCUUAUUGAGGAAACUCGUCUGAGCGUUAACUCGAGAGACACGCCUUUUGCUUGGAGUGAGCCUUUCCCCUACAUUGCGCGCGCACGUCAGUCCAAACAGGUUUGACAAGGGCACACCUGUAGGAAGAACAGGAAGCUUUUUGUUUCAACUCCAUUUUUGACCUCUGUGGACGACGGGCGGAUUGAAAGCAAACCAAAGAGGACUUUCAGCAAAUUUGUUUUUUGCCAAUAAUUUGAUGAUCAAGAUGUGGAUUGCUCUUGUGCUUGCUGCCCUGGCGGUAGGAGCUUCGGCCCAAAGCUGUUCAUGUGAGACCAUGAAGUGGGCCACCUGUGAUGGAACUCCUUGUGAAUGUUACAUUUUGACUGGUGAUCAGAUGAGACAAGAGCUGGACUGCACUAAAUUGAUCCCCAAGUGCUUCUUGAUGAAGGCUGAGAUGUACAGAGCCAAAAAAGGCUUAGAUACUCGUACGGGAGGAAAGCCCGUGGAGACUGCUUUUCUGGAUAACGACGGCAUCUACGAUCCCGAGUGCGAGAAUGACGGUAAAUUCAAGGCCAAGCAGUGCAACAACACAGAGGAGUGCUGGUGCGUCAACAGCGCCGGUGUCCGCCGAACAGACAAGGGGGACAAGGACCUCAAGUGUGAGAAGCUGGUGGAGACCUACUGGGUCCGUCUUCAGCUGACCCACAAACCAGUGACAGGUCCUGUGGAUGCUAAACAACUCAAAAUGGCUAUUGCUGAAGCUAUCCACAGGCGUUACGACAACUUUAACAAGGACAUGGUGGACAACGUUGAGUAUGAUCCUGAUUCCCGCAUGAUUGUGGUGGAUGUGAAGAAGCCGAAGGGAGAGCGCAAGAGCGAUCUGACCCAAAUGGCCUACUACAUGGAGAAAGAUGUGAAAGUGCUGCCACUGUUUAGAAACCAGGAUAAGUUUGAGCCCAUGGUAGGCACUCAGAAAAUGGAGAUGGAGAACAUCUUGGUGUAUUAUGUGGAUGAGGAGGCACCAACUUUCACCAUGAAACAUCUUCCCGGCGGGAUCAUUGCUGUCAUUGUGGUGGUCGUGCUGGUUGUGGUGGCCGGCCUGCUAUUCCUGUUUUUCUAUAGACGGCGUCAGAGUCAGAAGUACAACAAAGCCCAGCAAAGAGAAAUGGAUCCCAUGUAAAUUGUUGAUCGCUGCAAGCGGCCAGAAUCGUCGUUGGAUGUGUGUGCUUGCGGUGUGCCGUUCGCCGCUCUAUAAGGAAGACAAUUUUUUUGUAAAGAAACAAUCAACAUGCUCGUUAUUGGCACUAUUCAUACUGCCUUAUAUAUUUAUAAGUCGUGUAAAGAUUUCAGCACUCUACACUUCUUUGCCAUGCUUAAAUUUUGUCCUUUUUUAAAUAGCAUUUAAAUUUUAGAUGCUUUUGACCUUAUAAAAUUUCGUGUUGGAUUGUACAGUUUCUUACGUGUGUGUGUGUGUGUGCUGUUGUUGGAUUGUUUUUAAUAAAAUGUUUUAAAGGCUG